UUUGCUGAUUCUUUGGACGACGGGGGUUAGAUUGCGGCAAAUCACCAGGCUUUAAGACCCAGUGGCGUCCAGCGUUGGGGCUGGAUUGCCGUGCCAUCUGGAGUGAGUUUCAGUCAGGCUCACUCGGAGAGAAGUUGGAGUUCUGCAGGAGGAUCUGACUGUGUGCCUGGAAUUCUAACCACUGCACAAGAACAUCUUGACUGCAGACAUGGCUGGGAGGGCCGCCUGCCUUGUCCUUCUCUGUCUACCUGUGAUGCUUCAUGGUCAAUAUAAUGAUCUGACAGACCUGUUCUCUAUAGAGCCACAGUUUGAACAGUACGACACUCAGAUAGCUCCAACUGACUACGUACCAGAUUUCGAUUAUACAGGCACAAAUUUUGAAACAGAACCCACAGAGCCUGGCCCUCUUGAUUGUAGGGAGGAGCAGUAUCCAUGCACCAGACUCUAUUCUGUGCACAAGCCCUGUAAGCAGUGUCUCAAGAGCCUUUGCUUUUACAGCCUUCGUAGGGUCUAUGUGGUUAACAAGGAGGUCUGCAUUCGCACUGUCUGUGCUCACGAGGAGCUACUGAGAGCCGACCUGUGCCGAGACAAGUACUCAAAAUGCGGAGUCAUGGCCAAUAGCGGGCUGUGCGGCCAGAUGGCAUCAUCAUGCGUCAAGAGCUGUGGCUCCUGUUGAGUGGGACGAGGAAGCUGACGGAGAGGGCCUCACGUGGUGCUGUGGUCCAGGAGAUAAUCUCCACAUAUAUCAAUAAUAUACAUUAAGUAAUUUUAGAGGAAUCAUUUUCAUAUUUCUAUAACUCUGAUGGUGCUGAGAGACUUUUCAUAUAAACCUCAUGAUUAAGUCAGUUCUUGAUGCACACAUGUUCUAGAUUAUUACUGUUUGGAGGUGAUCCUUACAAGCCGGGUUACGUAUACCUUAGGGCUUAGCUCUCCCACCCUUUUACAAAUGUGAGUGUGGUGACUUACGAAACAAAACAUUCGCUGUUUCUUUUCGGCUUCGUUGUACUUGUCUGGGAAAAUUGUGGUGGAGAGAAGAGUACGUCACAGUGAAUUUACUGCCCCUCUUAAUCCAGUUUCUUGGGAGGGAAAAAAAAUUGAGAGUACUUUUCUCUUUCAUUCUGUUAACUCUUCCUUGCUUGAAUUUGAUCCUUUAGCCUUUGGGAUUCCCCAGAUACCACCACCAAAGUCCAUCCUACGACUAACUGCUUUUCUGAAGGCAGCCUGACAGUUGAAGUUGUUCUGACACAGCACAGAAAGACAGAUUAUGGAACCAGUCAAACACUCUUCAUUUCAUAUUUCUAAGAGACAACCAGCUGGCAAGCUAUCUUAAAUAGUGAAGAUAUUCCCACCCCCUCCUCGCCUUUGCGCGAGUUUUCCCUCUGAUGGACAUUAGUAUUCCAAUCUGUAGAUCGUGUCUCAGAACUCCCAGGCACUCCUGCGCCUGCCACUCAGUACAAUCCAGCACUGUUACACAAUACUCCUGGUGUCAGGGUGAAGUGUAAACACUCUAGCCUCACAUUACACUGAUCCCGUAUGCUGUCUCAAUUCUGAUUCUGUCAAGAUAGACCAGCCAAAAACUUUGAGAUAAUAAUUUAUGACACAUAAUGUAAUACUCAGGAACAUUUAGUAAGUGUUCAGCGUUUUUGACUUGCCAGACGGUUUUUGGUGCUGUUGUUCUCCCUGUUCUUUCUCCCCCAUACAUAGGAGUGUAGCGAACUUACUCGCGGGUGUCUGCGAGAUUGAAUGGACAUGACAGUUGUUAAUUGUUAACAACUGACAGUUGUCAGUUGAUGUGGCCAUGAUAUUCACCACAUCAUGGCCAGUGAUGAAUAACGUGACAGUGGGUGAGGAUGAAGAGCCAACCUUUUCCCUCUAAUGGUGCCACCGUGCUCAUCAAAUCAAAAAGUCAAGAAACUAUUAAUACAUGGCCUUAAGCUUUUAAUGAAGCACAUCUGGAUGGGUUCCAGGACGUGCUUGAGAGUGUAGUGCAAGGGCUGUGAUAUGGUUCCAACAAUUAUGCCACAGCAUUUGAAUCCCCUGUUUCACAAAUGUGCCAGUGUACGAGUAUUCAGAUGGAUUAAAAGGGAUUCACACCGGAUGUGAAUUUUAUGCUCAUGUUUUUACAAUUAUUUUAACUUUCCACUCACCUGCCCACUCUGUGGCAUCCAUCAUGAUUCCCAGACUUACUACCACACCUUUACGCUUCAUUCUUGCAAUAUGCUUCUGGACAGAUUUCGAUGUUUCUGACUUUUCUCCAACCUAAGAGUGCAACCUCUGCCUGAUAUUGCCAUAGGAAUGCCAAACAUGUCUUCCUGAUCAAAAAUGUGUUCACUUUCGCAAUAGGUGAACAGUUCUGAUAAAUCAGUUAGGAAGUUUCAAGUAUGUAAGUGUCCACACAUUAGUACCAGUAUUAAGAUUCUGCAAUCGUGCUGACAGGAACGGCACGAUGAUCUCACCUAAGGAACGUAAAGCCGCUUGGUCACAGUGACACUCCAAUGAAUUGCUACAUCCUCAUGUGUUGCAGUGGUUACUGUUUAAGUGUGUACGUGUUUACUGUCAGCUGAAACCUUCCUGGUAGCGUUCUUCAUGAGCACUGUACUGUAAUACUCUAACCAGUUAUCUAGGGGAAAUUCUGUGAACAAAUACUGGAUUUAGAGACUUUCUGAGGAGUUCGGGAUGUCUCCAUUUCAUCAAACUUGGCUUCAGUUACAUCUGUGUUUUUUUUUGAAAUAGUUUUUCAGUGAUGCUUAAAAAAAUCCCUAAACAUAAGGAGGAGACUGGGGAGUUUAACAGUUGUACAGGGUUUAAGGAGCGAGACAUGCCAUUUAGAAACAUAGAAACACAGAAAACCUACAGCACAAUACAGGCCCUUCAGCCCACAAACUUUUGCCGAACAUGUCCCUACCUUAGAAAUUACUAGGCUUACCCAUAGCCCUCUAUUUUUCUAAGCUCCAUGUACCUAUCCAAAAGCCUCUUUAAAAGACCCUAUUGUAUCCAUCUCCACCACCGUUGUCGGCAGCCCAUUCCACGCACUCACCCCUCUCUGAGUAAAAAAACUUACCCCUGACAUCUCCUCUGUACCUACUCCCCAGCACUUUAAAACUAUGCCCUCUCAUGCCAGCCAUUUCAGCCCUGGCAAAAAGCCUCUGACUAUCCACACGAUCAAUGCCUCUCAUCAUCUUAUACACCUCUGUCAGGUCACCUCUCAUCCUCCGUCGCUCCAAGGAGAAAAGGCCAAGUUCACUCAACCUGUUUUCAUAAGGCACGCUCCUCAAUCCAGGCAACAUUCUUGUAAAUCUCCUUUGCACCCUUUCUAUGGUUUCCACAUCCUUGAGGUAGUGAGGCGACCAGAACUGAGCACAGUUCUCCAAGUGGGGUCUGACCAGGGUCCUAUAUAGCUGCAACAUUACCUCUUGGCUCUAAAUUCAAUUCUACGAUUGAUGUAGGCCAACACACUGUAUGCAUUCUUAACCACAGAGUCAACCUGCACAGCUGCUUUGAGGGUCCUAUGGCCUCGGACCCCAAGAUCCCUCUGAUCCUCCACACUGCCAAGAGUCUUACCAUUAAUACUAUAUUCUGCCAUCAUAUUUGACCUACCAAAAUGAACCACUUCACACUUAUCUGGGUUGAACUACAUCUGCAACUUCUCAGCCCAGUUUUGCAUCUUAUCAAUGUCCUGCUGUAACCUCUGACAGCCCUCCACACUAUCCACAACACCCCCAACCUUUGUGCCAUCAACAAACUUACUAACCCAUCCAUCCACUUCCUCAUCCAGGUCAUUUAUAAAAAUCAUGAAGAUUAGGGGUCCCAGAACAGAUCCCUGAGGCACACCACUGGUGACUGACCUCCAUGCAGAAUAUGACCCGUCUACAACUACUCUUUGCCUUCUGUGGGCAAGCCAAUUCUGGAUCCACAAAGCAAAGUCCCCUUGGAUCCCAUGCUUCCUUACUUUCUCAAUAAGCCUUUCUGCUUGUGAUAUAUUGUUAAAUGUGCUGUGAGAAUGGCUCUCAGCUCAAGACCGUGGUCUUGUUUUGCUGCCUCUUCCCUUCCAAACUUCCAGCGAAGGUGAUGCAAGACUCAAUACUGAUCAUCCAGUGGUCACAUUCUGCACAUCGUUCUUGGGAUCCACUUGAGGCUUGGAAUUGCUCCUCCGUGAAAUCUUACUGUAUCCGCAUGUACGGACAUAAAUACUUGGUGACCAAAGGAAUUCAUGCACGACGCCUAAAUUAGACCUUGGGGACUUUCAGUCUGAGGCCCUUUCCAGUUUAGUAAGUACUGUCUGCUUGAGGAAUGGGAUUAGGAUCUCUGAAUGCCUAUAAUACAUUUAAAGAUUCAUGGUGGGGGAAGAGAAACAGAACAGAAAUGGGGUCCAGCUGUUAAACGUCCACUGGUUGCUUCUGGAAAUGUAUAUAGUUACUUAAUAUGUUCCUAGCAUCUUGUGGUCAAACAUCUACACCAUUCUAUAUCAACUCUAAUGGCUCAGUUCCCCCUUUGAGAUCUGCAUAGGACAGCUCACGUUAAUUGCAGCUCUGCGAAAAUGAGGAAGGGAAAAUGCAGACUAUUGAAAAUGGUCAGUAAAUUGGAUUGGCCCUUUCAUAGAACCAAUGAUGGGCCAAAUGGUCUCCUACCACAACUCAUUGGUUGAAAUACCAGCAAUCCACUGGGCAGCUGGCUCCAUCAAUGACUAGACCGGUAGUAAAAUUGGAAGGGGGUAGCUGUUAAAUACUCUAGCGACUUCCUGGUUGGUUAGCUGGCUAGGGUUGCAGUCAUGGACCUGCAAUUGUUCUCCCUACCCCAAAAUGUAAAUCAAACGAAGCUCUUUUUGCUGCCCGCUAACCAAGUUACUCAUUUUCCCUGCUGGAAAAUGCUCCUAAAUAGUGACAUCAAUCUGAGGUGUGCUUGGGUAUCUCUUGCAACAAAAAUACCUGGUUAAGCUCACUCACCAGGUUCUGAAGUGAAGGGCUACUUGGGUCCACUCUACAUGGACAUGAAUCAAAGGAGAUCAAUGCUUUAGAGAGGGGCAAAACUUGGGGGGGGGGGGAAGCCCCAUUAAAAUAAAUGCUCAUUACUCUGUACACUUUGACAUGUGGAAAAAUGAAACUUGAGACAUCUACUUGCUCAGAACUCCUCGGUAUAAACGUUCUUUAAGUGUGAUUGGGAGGAGGUGCCACAGUAUGUAUAGCUGAGUGAGAUAUUUCCGUGUAAUCUGAUUCAUAUAACUGAUAUAUUCUGUUUUGUACAAAAUUAAAAAUCAC